UGAAAGAUUUCUUUAAACAAUGAAUCUUUACUUACCUUCACUGUUACCUGGCAGACUUUCUUUAAAGACUACUCUUAUAUCUCACUUUGUACAUUAUCACACACCUUCUGAAUGUCUUACCUUACCAAGACAACCCUUGCCUUUCUGCUCUCUCCCAGGUCCUGUUGAUUAUCCUGGAAUUGGAAGUAUUCUGAAUAUUCUGUGGAAUGGAGGAUUAAAAAACCAGCAUGAAAUCAUGUUCAAAUAUCACAAGAAGUUUGGAAAAAUAUUUAAAAUGAAUCUUGGAUUUUUUAAAUCAGUGCAAAUUGGAGAUCCAACUAUGCUAGAAACAUUUUUAAGAAAAGAAAGUAUUUAUCCAAAAAGAAUGGAGAUAAAACCCUGGAAAAUGUACAGAGAUUACAGAGAAGAAGCAUGUGGUCUACUUAUACUUGAUGGGCAAGAAUGGUUUAAGAUGCGCCGAGCAACACAAACAAAACUUAUGAAACCUAAGGAAGUAUUUCAAAUGGAUAUGAAAAUCAAUGAGGUCAUGGCAGAUUUUAUAACGUACAUUGAUAACAAAUGUGAUGAAACAGGAAGUGUUGCUGAUUUAUAUGCUGAGCUAAAUAAAUUGUCUUAUGAAACCAUCUGCUAUGUCUUGUACAAUGAAAGAUCUGGGCUUCUGCAACAAACUUGUAAAGAAGAGGCUUUUCUUUUCAUAAAAUCUGUAAAAGAGAUGAUGUACUACUUGGGACCCCUGAUUGUCACUUCUGCAGAACUCCACAAAAAAUUCAAUUCAAGGCAAUGGCAAAAUCAUACAAAAGCUUGGGAUAAUAUAUUCCUGACAGUAAAACAUUGUAUUGAUAAAAGCCUUGAACAGAGUUCCACUGGAAAAAGAAAUGAUUUACUUAGUGUAAUUUGUUCUGACAAUUUGCUGACGAAAAAACAGUUGUACGGUAUCUUCGCCGAACUUCAAAUUGGAGGGGUAGAAACUACAGCAAAUUCUCUAUUGUGGAUAAUGCUCCAUCUUUCAAGAAACAAGGAUGUUCAACAACAUCUUCUUCAAGAAAUUCAGAGCAAAUGCCCUUCAAAUCAGGCACCAACUGCAUCUAUGUUGCAAAGCAUGCCCUAUCUGAAGUCUUGUAUAAAAGAAUCGAUGAGAUUAACCCCUACGGUUCCCUUUACGAGUCGGACAUUGGAGGAAGAUACAAACUUUGGAGGAUAUCUAAUUCCUCAGGGGACUAUUGCAAUGAUUAACUUUCACGCAAUGACAUGGAAUGAUGAAUUUUUUCCUGAUGCUCGAGAAUAUAAACCAGAAAGGUGGAUGAAAGACAAGCACUCCAUUAACCCAUUUGCACACACCCCAUUCGGAAUAGGAAAAAGAAUGUGUAUUGGGAGAAGACUUGCAGAGCUGCAGCUUCAGUUGGCUCUGUGCUGGUUAGUACAGAAUUUCCAAAUUGAUUCAAGUGAUAAAGAACCAGUGAAAGCCAUUGUCUCUGGGCUGAUGAUUCCAACAAGGAAAUUGCCUGUCUCUUUAAAAAAGCGAGACCGUUUUCAGGAGAACUACACCCAAUGAUCUUGAUAUGGUGAAGCGUUCCUACGAUAUAAAAAUAACUUUGGCUUGGGAAAUCUACUUGCCUUGCAACAAUGAUAACACAAAAAAUGUCUCAAGAGAAGAAUUAAACUGAUUUUUUUUGUAGGAAUGUGAGCUAUUAACAAUAUAACAGUUGGAUACAUUCAAUAUAUUGCCUUUUACAGUUACAGGAAACAAUGGAAAGCACAUGGAAUUAAGAUUUAAAUAUAGAGCUGGAAUCUUCGGCUCUAACAUUGUUUUACCAAUGUUUCCAUAUAGGAGUGCAUACUCAGUUGACUCAGCAGGAAUUCUUCUUAUUUACUGUAUGUGAUGACCAACUGACUGUUCCAUGUUGUUCCCUCUGUGGAAAAGCCAUGGGCAUAUUGAUUGCAAAAUGUCAUUUCUAGAUGUUUAAGCAAAUUAAUAUAGCAAAAUGCUCACAUUAUAUGAAUUUAAUGAAUUACUUAUGUGUCUAUGUAUAUAUUGUAUUAUGUACUAGCCACUGUAGUUAGUGUGAAGCCAGCACACUAUUUAUAUAGAGUAUUCCAGUAUGUUGAAUGUGUGUAACUUUAGAAGUACUUACAAAGUAUCUUUCUACAUCAGGUAAUCAGCUAAAAAUAAUGUACAUAUAAAUAAUUCAGGCCAUGACAUGGAAUUGUAUUUCCUUUUUUAUAUGUAUAAAUAAUAUAGUGAUCUACAACCACUGAAAUAACCACAAAUGGUACAUAAAGUAGCUUUUACUAUAGGGAAACUUUUGGUGGACACCGUUUAGCCUGAUCAUUGUGACUGGUUCCUUUGUGUUGUAUGGAUGACCUCUGAGCUUUUUUGUCCUCUUCCUGUUACAAAACUGUUACUUUUUAAACAAUAUAAAUAAAAUGCUAUAUUUGUUUUUGAAA